AUGUCAUUUCAUCGACCACAUCCUAAGAGAAUAUCUCAUGAACCAGUAUCUAAUCGAGAAUUGGAAUUGGAGCAGGUAAAUCAAGCUUUAAGAGAUGAGUUAUCUAACGAAGUUUCAAUCAAUAAGUCGAAUGAGAAAUACAUAAAUGAGAUAGAGCGCAAAUAUAUCAGAUGUGUGAAAGAAAUCAAAUCUCUCAAUAAAGAACUGGAACAGCUCGAGAAUGCUUCGGAGGAAGAAAAGGCAGAGUUGAGAGCAGAAAUCUCCAACCUUAAUAAACAACUCUCAUAUAGCAAAAAAGAAAUCCGAGAUAAGAUAUCCCAUAUUGAUAAUAUAGAGAGGCAGUUACAAGAAUCAGAAGAGCGGGUUCAAAAUCUAAGGCUUAGAUUCAAAAUUAUUUCUUCAAGAAGAAGCUCUCCUAUCUUAUAUAAUUCAGAAGAAGAUACAGAUAUGGCACAUAUAGACCCCUUUAUAAAUAUCACUAGAGGAUUAAAUCGACUUGAAAACCAUUUCACGGGGGGUACACCAUUAAUUAAUCCUGCCAAUAUCAUCCAAGGUAUGUACGGUACUUUAAAUACUAUUCGGGCUAAUUAUCAAAGAAUAGACCAGGAUUUAGAUGAUAUUUCAAAUCAACGAGAUGCUCGAGAUGCUCAAAUAACCCAGCUACAACAAGAUGUCAAUUAUUUUAGACAACAAAAUACUAAUCUCCAGAAUCAAAUCAAUCAACUUACACUAGAGCGUAACAAUUCUCAGAAUGAUCUUGCUUUGAUGACUACAGCUUAUUAUAAUGAAAGGGAAGAACGUCAACAUUGGUGGAGGGUAGCUAAACAAUUGGAAAAAGGAAUGCAGAUGCGGAUUAAUACUUUAUUACUUGAUAAGCUUGCACUUAAUUUUAAACUCCGGAGGUGUCAAAGACAUGAAGAUAGACGUUUACCAAUAUUAAAAUUAAUGGCUCCCGCUCUUGCAAAAUUUCAACCUUACAUAGGUCGAGAACCACCUGAUGAAUACAUGGAUAGGGUUAUUCAAUCAUGGGCAUAUCUUGAAGGGCAUAUGACAGUUCUUGAAAAUGCAAAUGCGGGGGAUUUUGAUGAUGAAGUCAAGUGUAAUAUUUUGAAAUCUAUGAUGGGUGGAAAAUAUGCUCCUCUAGAAACUGAUUCACACCAAUUACAAAAUAAAUUAAAUUCAGAUAAUGAUAGUAUACGAGCUGAAAUAAAAAGCAUGAUAAAAUCAGAAUUAGCUUUAGUACCAACCCCUCCUCAGUCUACACAAUCAACUUCUCAAAGACAUGAAGGGCAAUUAUUACGGCCCAGUCAAAUGGAACCAGGUAAAAUAUAUCGGGAUCCACAUUUACGCUUGAAUGAUCAAGAAUGGCUUCGAAUGGAUGAUGCAACAGAUCGUCUUAGUGCUUUAGCAGGUCCAUCUUAUCUACAAACUUUCAUGGAUACAAUUAGUAAAGGAGGUAUGUCAGAAUUAUCAAUAAAUAAGGCUAUAGCCAAAGGUAUAUCACAGGGAAUAAAAGCGGUACAUGAUAAUAAUGUAUCAUCUCAGCAUAGAUGUUCGAAUUGUUAUAGUCUUGGACAUAAUUCUCGCAAGUGUCCAUAUCCUCAAAAAGGAACAGAAAAAAUAGAAAGAGUAGAUCCAAAAAGAGAGGCAGU